CCAGAGACGUGAAACCGUUCAGCAUGCUUAUUAGUGACGUCACAGUCUCGUGCAACAGGAUCGGGAGUGUUUCCGCGCACCUGUUGUACCACCUGGAGCAGUGCAAUAGCUACUGACGGACUGGAGGUUGAGACAACAACAGCAGCAGCAGCAGCAGCAUGGGAGGUGUCCACUUUAGUGAAAAGAUGGCAGGAGUUUUCUCCUAUGAGAGCUCAGAGAUCGACUGGUGUGAAGACAACUACAGACACUCUGAACAUGUGGUGGAGUACUUCAACACUAUGAGCAGCUUUGUUUUCUUCAUUAUAUCUCCCAUCAUGCUCUACCUUCUGCACCCUUAUGCCAAAGAGAGGAACCUGGCGAUUCACAUGGUCUGGACUAUGAUGAUAUUUGUAGGGCUCUUCUCAGCGUACUUCCACAUGACACUUAGUUUCGUUGGCCAGAUGUUGGAUGAGCUGUCCAUCCUGUGGGUGUUGGCAGUGGGAUAUGCUGUCUGGUUUCCCCGCAGACUCUUCCCUUCUUUUAUCAAAGACAGGUCCACAUUUUCAAGCCUCGUCCUCGUGAUUACCGUCAUCUCCACACUGUCAUCAUUUGUCAAACCUACAGCCAAUGUCUACGCUCUGAACUGCUUUGGCCUCCAUAUGCUUUACGUUCUGGCUGUCGAGAUGAGAUGCUGCACUGACCAGAAGGCUCUGCGACUGGCCAAACUGUCAGUGGCUCUGUGGGUGCUCGCCAUCUCCUGCUGGAUUAGUGACCGUUUUGGCUGCAGCUUCUGGCAGAGGCUAAACUUCUGCUACCUGCACGGGAUUUGGCACAUUCUGAUUGUGAUAGCUGUGGCGUAUGGCAGCACCCUGGUAGCUUACCUGGAUGCCAACUAUGAGAUACCGUACUCUCUGCCUGGACUGCAGUACUGGCCCUGUGAUAAAUGGGCUGUUGGAUUACCUCACAUUGUCCUCAAGGGCACCAACACCACCAAAACACAGAAACGGUGCUAAGAUGCAAAAAUUCAAAUCACAGGAAUCUGACCAUCUAUCACUCCCAAACUAACUGACACUGUCUUUCAGCACACAGACUAGCACUAGACAACAACUGAAUGUAAGCUGUGACUGUUUUCUGACCCUGUUAAAAGACUGUUGGAUGGAUUACUGAAUGGACCUACUGGGCACAGGCCUACCAGCCCAAGGGGUCAGGUGGCACCUCAGGGUUGUAUGAUGCUGUACAGAACUAGCUCAUAGGACAACAUCAGACAUUGGAAAAAGAGUAUUUAUAGCUGUCCCGAACAUUCACACGGAAGAGAUGGCGAUCAUAGAGCUGGGUGACAAUAUGUCAUUUAAAUAUGGGGAUAAUGGUGCACCGUUUUGGACAGGAAGUGUUGCACUUUGUUGCACACAUGAAAAGUGACAGAGCUAUUAGUGUCAGUUCAGGUUGCUGGCUCCUUUCUUACUUCUGCACAGCUGGCCACUGUCAGAUCAUCUGUUUUGGUAAGUCACAUACUGUCAUACACAGUUGUGACAGAGUAUACAGGCAGCUGAAACCAAGGCGUCUGAAUUUUAUGACUGGUAAGAACGUUUUUUAUUGAAAAGUCAAAGAGCUCAGUCAUAAGUCGAGAUGGCACAAGUUUAUUGUCAUCUGAACAGGAACCACAGAAAUCUGUACAAUGAGAUUGCACAUUUAAAAACAUACAAAAAAUUAAAUAUUCAAUACAGCAUAGGAUUGAAAAUCAAAAUUAGACAGUAUAUAAACGAUGUGAGAUCUAAAUCCUUUAAUUAUUGGUUUCCGCUUAUACAUUUUUUAUUAUGUUUUUGUUUUCUGUCUGUGCCCAGAGGCCCAUUGUCUGAUCAUCCAUCCAUGUUUUACACUAAUAAUGAUUGCAUGAGCUAAUACAAAUAUCUUCAGUUGACAGAGACAAAAUAAUUAUUUAUUUAUGUAUCAGACUAAAAUAUAAAAUAUUUUAAUAUACUCAUUUUGAUUUUUUAUUCUAUUGAUUCAUAUUUUAAUAGCCUACAGAAGCAAAAGCAGAGCAUGAGGUGAUAUUGGUGUAAUUUUAAUAUCUGUCGUUCUCUUUUCAAGACACUGUUGUUUUGAUGAUACAGACAUUUUACAAUGAUGACUGUCAAACAUUAAGAGUUGUUGAGAAAUGUGUAUAGGCAGCCUGAAUGACUGAGAAAAUGACAGAAACUGUGUGUAUAAUUUUGAAGAGUUUGUCUUUGGCAGUUAAGCGCUUGUGUUUUUGUGUAUAUAAAUCAUUUGCUGUUAUUUAUUUUCAGGAUAUGAACGCACAUUUGGUACUGUACGUGGUGAAAAAUUGUUUACAUUGAGUUAUAAAAUACCUCAACAUGUGUUGGUUUCACAGUUAUAUACUCUGUCCUCUGAGCUAGUUUGAGCUGCAUAACCUGACCUGAGUUUUGUCUAAUUUUGUACAAAGUCCAGCUAAUUAAAGGAGCUGUUGUUUCUGACAUUAUUUCAACCAUUUGUUGCAUUUCAGUUACUCAUAUCUGUCAGUUUUUGAUAAUUCUCCAGUCUAUUUCUGUAAAGUGCAUUUUUGUGGCUGACCACAGCAAUCACAUGCAAAUCUGUUUCUUUUGUACGACUGAGUCAUCACUGAACUGUUAAAAGCCCUUUUGUUCAAAAAGCUCUUGAUUUUGGUGAUGUUUUGAGAAUAUUCAGGAACAUUGUGCCUCCAUUCACGUGAUCCUUCCUGAAGGAAACAAUAGAUACAACAAUGGGAAUCUUACAAAAAGAAAUGCACAUGAGCAUUGUCGUGCUCUUCAAUGUUCAAUAGUAACCUCCUGUGGGUGAUGAGAUGUUCAAAAGCAACCAGUGCUUUUUAGAGACGUGAUCUUUGAAUAUUAACUGGAUUCUGAUGAUAUACGAAGAAAGAGGUAACAAAUAAAACAGUCUUUCAAAUGGCUCUGAUCUCAGAAUCAAUUGUCUCUGACUUUUAAGUGCCCUGUCUGGAUAUAUUCAAGUAAUACAGAAAAACUUAAUCAGUGGUUCCCAAUCUGGGGGCUCCUCAGGGGACACAAAUAAAAUCUGAGGACUCACCAGAUAAUAUUUAGCCAUAUUAUCAGCAUGGCUUUAUGGGUGGCAAUGUCAGUCACCACUUUGGUCCAGACUGAUACAUUUCGACAACUAUCAGAUGAACUGCCAUGAAAUCUUGUAUAGACAUUCAUGGUUGCCAGAGGAUGAAUCCUUUGACUUUUAAUCUAGUGGCUCCAGCCUGUCAUAGUUUUCACUGAGCCUGUGAAAGCAUCUAGCCUACUAGAUAGACUGGCACAACAUUUUGUACAGACAAUAAAUCAAAAUGACUUUGAUGAUCCCCUGACUUUUCAUCACAGCACCACAAACAGGUCGACAUUUGUGGAUUUGAGUGAAAUGUCUCAACAACUAUUGGAUGGAUCGCCAUUAAAAUUUGGUACAGAAAUGAAUAUCCAACUCAUGAUGCAUUUAAGUGACUUUUAAUAAUCCUCUGAUGCCAUCAUCAGGUCAAAAUUUCAAUUUGUUCAGUGCUUUUGUUUGUGACAUAACUAAUGACAUUCCCAACAUCCUAAACUACUGUAAUGCUUAGUGGUAGGUGUUAGCAUGCUAACAUGCUAAACCAAGAUGUAUAAAUGGUAAACAUUACACCUGCAUUAGCAUGUAAGUAUCGUCACUGUUAGCAUGUUGGAAUACUGACAUUUAGGGCACAGUUGCACAUUAGUACAGCUUUACAGAGCUGCUAGCGUGGCUCAUCUUAGUCUUAGUCUGACUUGUCUGUAUUUUUAUUUAUUUUUUAUUAAAUCUUUUUCCUCAGGUCUCUAAAAAUCUUUCACAAUGAAACAUUUGGACAUGAAAGAGUCACAAGUUAUGUCCAUACUAAGGCCCUGCUGAGUCCAGAAGGAAACAUUGCUUCAUUUUAAGGGGUUACAAGCCAAAACCCACUAAUCUAGAUAUAUCCAUAUAUCGAUGGAGACAUGUCUUAUACACAUUAUUCAUCAAAAUGUCUUAUUGAGGGCCUUGCAAGUUAGGAUCCAAUUGUGAUGGAACUGCAUGGAACAACCAUGCGAUUGAAUGAUGAUGAUUAGCAUGAAUAUACAUUCUUCU